CAUCAGCCACUCCGUGAGAAGUUCUAGUCAUCACACACACCAAUGGCGCCCUCCGCUCCCCGGCUGGUCGCCGGAGCUCUCGUGAUCCUGGCUGCUGUAGCUCUGGCCCGUCCAAACGCCGAGCAACGGAGCCCCGGUCGCUACAAUGUCGCCGACGCGAUCGCGAUGGGCUCAGGUCAGCAUCGUCAUCAUCAGGGGCGGACACCACCAUGCCAUGUGUCGCCUCCGCCCGUGUUGCCGCCGCCGUGUCCUGGUCACCAAGAUCGGCGUAGAGAAGCACUGGUGCCGCCGCCAAUUGUUCUCGGUGUGCAGAGGACCGCGCCGGCUCCGCCCUCGCCGCAGCACGCGCAGGUGGAGCAUUAUAGGGCGCUAUUCCCGCCACCUCCAGCUUGCUCAUUCUAGGCGAUGGCUCUUGUUGUUACUGUACUUCCUAAGCGUCUAGUAGCCGUCUAGUGUUUGGAGUUCAUUUACUCAGCAAGCAACGUAAAAGCUAUCAGUUUUUUCAUUCUCACCCAUUUCUGUUGACACAAAAAAUUGAACAAUUUGUUUAACG